AUGAGUUCUGCAGAGGUUCGCCAUGUCUCUACAACUAAGGUCCGUCCAGCAAGUUACAUCGAUGAACCAACCGGAAAUCAUAGACGAAUUGAUUUGAGUCCAGGGGAUCUAGUAUUUCUAAGAAUAGCAUACAUGCAAAAGGGUCUUCUCUACAGUACUGAUAAGAAAUGCAUCAAUGAAAAGAUAAGUAAUCUUAAAACUUCUUUGUCACAUACACUUGAUCAUUUCUUUCCUUUAGCCGGUCGUCUUGCCAUUGAAAAGCAUGAAGAUGAUAACACCAUCUCCGUCUAUAUCAAUUGCAACUAUGAGGGCGUAGAGUUCAUCCAUGCAACGGCAGACAUAUCCGUCGAAGACAUUGUCUCUCCAACCUAUGUUCCUCAAAGCUUAAUCGAUCCGUUAUUUUCCCUCACUGGGGUACCAAACUACAAAGGUCAGUCGCAUCCUUUACUUUCUGUUCAGGUAACUGAGCUGCGGGACGGUGCCAUUUUUGUAGGAUGCAGCGCCAAUCAUUCGGUGUGUGAUGGUACAUCAUCUUGGCAUUUCAUUAAUUCAUGGUCUGAGAUUGCGAGAUCUUUCGACAAUCAUACUACUUCAUGUCCUCCUCGUGUUUUUGAGCGGUGGUCAUCAAGAAAACCGAUAGCCCCAUCCGUCUUCCGUUCUCUUUUGCUGACAAGUUGUCGGCGGCAGAGCUCUUUAAACGACAAUUAUGAUGACAGCCGAGUUCUUGUGGUUUUGAUAUUGAUGAAUAACAGAACUAAGUUGAUCCCACCACUGCCGGAAACAUACUUUGGCAACUCACUAGUAGCUGGAUUGGUAACUCUGAAAGAAGGUGAGCUGAUCAAGAAGGGAUCCGGUGUCCUGGCUUUGUUAUUGAAGGAGAUGGUACAAACGGCAAUAACUAGAACAACUACUGUGAGUCCAGGACCAGUUGAAGGAAGUGUUGAUAUUGAGAUAUGCCUUCCAGUUGAGGUCUUUAAGGCUAUGGAGAAUGAUGCUGAAUUUAUGGAAGCUUUUUCAUCUUAA